AUGAAACAAUGUUGGGAUCCUGAUCCUGCAAAACGACCAACUUGCGAUGAUUUGAAAAUCAUAUUGGAUAGGUGGUACGCUUUGACAUGUACUAAUCUUAUCGGCGAUCGUGUUGAUUUAGAAACUUUAAGAGAUUUUAGAGAUGCUGAAAAUAUAAGAAUUGGGAUGAUAGAGACAAAUGAUGAUGGGAUAUUUGAGACUGGUGAAUUUAAUAGGCAUAAAGAUGCGGUUUAUACUAGUAGAUUGAUUCCUACAAUGACUCUUGUACAAAACUUGGAAAAUAAGAUGACGCGAGAAGAUAUUGAAUAUUAUAUAAAUUCACAGUAUCACCUCAUAAAUCCAUCUCAAGCCGGCAAUACUCAAAGCAAAAUAAAAAUUCAAUAUGAACAAUGGUAA